GGUACACUAUCAUGAUGAAUUUAAUGAAAAGCAUGAUGCGUGUUUAGUGAAGGCGUCAAAGAAGCCAAAUCUUGUUAUGAGAAUGGUUUCAAUGAAUUCAUUGAGACAGGAUAUAGUUGUUAUUUAUCUCAG